ACUGCAUAUAGCUAGCUUCCACUACCUCACUCGAACCCUAACCAGCCAUCUUCACUCUCUCUCUUCUUUCUCUCUCUAACGAUGGCUUCACGCAGACUCGCAUCGUCUCUGAUUCGAUCUUCCCUCCGUCGAUCUCAAUCCAAACCCUCCAUUUCCGCUUCCGCAUCGCGGAUUUCCCAAUCCCGACCUGCUUCCGCCGCCCCUUACGGCUACCUCCUCAACCGCGUCGCCGAGUACGCCACCUCCGCCGCGGCUCCCGCUGCUGCUCCUUCCUCGCCUCCGGCGAAGAAGGAGGUCCCCGGUGGUGGGAAGAUCACUGAUGAGGUUACUGGAAAAGGCGCGAUCGGGCAGGUUUGCCAGGUCAUCGGUGCCGUCGUCGAUGUCAGAUUUGAGGAGGGUUUGCCUCCGAUCUUGACCGCGCUUGAGGUUCUGGAUCACACUUCGAGGUUGGUGUUGGAAGUCGCGCAGCAUUUGGGUGAGGGUGUUGUUCGGACUAUUGCUAUGGAUGGUACUGAAGGGGUUGUUCGAGGGUGGCGCGUGCUCAACACUGGGUCUCCUAUUACUGUUCCUGUUGGAAGGGUUACCCUUGGUAGAAUCAUGAAUGUUAUUGGAGAGCCUAUUGACGAGAAGGGUGACUUCAAAACCGAGCAUUAUCUGCCCAUUCAUAGAGAAGCUCCUUCUUUUGUUGAGCAAGCAACUGAACAGCAAAUUCUUGUUACUGGGAUCAAGGUUGUUGACAUGCUUGCACCAUACCAAAGAGGAGGAAAGAUUGGGUUGUUUGGUGGUGCUGGUGUCGGAAAAACUGUGCUUAUUAUGGAACUUAUUAACAAUGUCGCCAAGGCCCAUGGUGGUUUCUCUGUAUUUGCUGGAGUUGGGGAACGAACCCGAGAGGGUAAUGAUUUGUACAGAGAAAUGAUCGAGAGUGGUGUUAUUAAGCUAGGUGAUAAGCAGAGUGAAAGCAAAUGCGCUCUUGUGUACGGUCAAAUGAAUGAGCCCCCGGGUGCUCGUGCCCGUGUUGGUCUCACUGGUCUUACUGUGGCUGAACACUUCCGUGAUGCAGAAGGACAGGAUGUGCUUCUUUUUGUUGACAACAUUUUCCGUUUUACCCAAGCUAACUCUGAGGUGUCUGCUUUGCUUGGACGUAUCCCAUCUGCUGUCGGUUACCAACCGACACUGUCUACUGAUCUUGGAGGUCUCCAAGAGCGUAUUACAACAACCAAGAAGGGUUCAAUUACUUCUGUCCAAGCUAUCUAUGUGCCUGCUGAUGACUUGACAGAUCCUGCUCCUGCUACCACCUUCGCUCACUUGGAUGCUACAACUGUGUUGUCACGACAGAUCUCUGAGCUUGGUAUCUAUCCUGCUGUCGACCCCUUGGAUUCCACAUCUCGUAUGCUUUCCCCACUUAUUUUGGGUGAGGACCACUAUGAAACUGCUCGUGGUGUCCAGAAGGUUCUUCAAAACUACAAGAAUCUUCAGGAUAUCAUUGCUAUUUUGGGAAUGGAUGAGCUCAGUGAAGACGAUAAAUUGACUGUUGCCCGUGCCCGAAAGAUUCAAAGAUUCUUGAGCCAGCCUUUCCACGUGGCAGAAGUCUUCACUGGUGCCCCAGGCAAAUAUGUUGACUUGAAGGAGAACAUCACCAGUUUCCAGGGCGUGUUGGAUGGCAAGUACGAUGAUCUCCCCGAGCAGUCAUUUUACAUGGUUGGUGGUAUUGAGGAGGUGAUUGCUAAGGCAGAAAAGAUUUCCAAGGAAUCAGCAACAUCUUGAUCAAAUUACACCUCCAUUUUAAUCAUCACUUGUUUAUUUUACAAUGGCGAAAUUUAAUAAUCUAGGAACUCUACUCUUUCUUGGCAACGCCAAAACCACAAUUUUCCAUUUUUAAAGUUUGGAAACGUGUAAGGUUAUUCCUUUCAUUUUAAUGUUGCGGACUUUGAGGUGACCAAAUGCUCCCUUUUUUUAUCUGGUGUGUUGUUUUAAUAAGGGGAGAGGCAGAGGUUGUACAUUUUUACUUCCUGAUUCAAAAACGUUGGAUGCAUCAA